ACGGAAUAACAAUGAGCACUCAGUUGGGCUCAUAGUGAUUGUGCCCAUAAAACUGAACUGCUUACUGGUACUUCGUCGACAUUAGUCAGAAUUCUUACAGAAACUGGGAUUGACAGAAACACAUUCCCAUGAAGUGAAUUCCAAGACAGGAAGAUGGAUACAACUGUUUUGUUUACGUGUUUGUUUCUUGUCUUGAUAGACUAUGGCUUGACCAGCAGUCAGUUUCAUGUAGACAAAUCAAGGUAUGACGAAGGUCGCAAAGAAUAUGAACUCAUGGUCCACAGGUCCGAAAUGCCAAGAUAUGGCACUUGCUGGAAAGAUGCCAUGGUAACGAUGCAAAAUGGCUGCAAGCAUCUCACGGACGAAGUCCAGGGUCGGCUGUCCUUGGCCUACCUCAACUGUUUCCUGGAAUUUCAAGGUCGAGACGUGUACGAGUGUGACGUUGAUCAACCGUUUCAUGAAUGUGCAAAAAAUAUGCUGGAUGUGGACAGAGGCUCAUUUACAACCUUUUUCACACACACUCAAAAUAUGUGCUACUUUCUUCAGGCGCAAAUAUGGCAUGAGGAAACUGAGAACACAAUUGGUCGACUUUCUGACAGUUCAUCUCAGGUAGCCUCAAAACUAGAAGAUUCCUACAAGCUACAGAAUGAAGUACUAAAACAACAGGAAGAAAGCAUAAAAAAUCAAGAAACGAUCAUGAACAAGGCUUCAAAUUUGAGUAACAUCAACGCAUCGUCUGAUGACAUUCACGAGAUGUUCAAAGACUUCAAAGAGACAACACAGGAACAAGCGUGUACUCAUCACUGGCGUUUUGAUCGUGUUGCUAAGCUACAGCACAUGGUUCUUGGAGAAUUUUCAGGCUUUUAUUCAAUUGUGUUCUAUACCCUGUCGAUUCUUGUGUCGUAUCUGUUGGCGUCAACGGCCAGGGCGAGCAGUGCGAGGUUCUGGUUGUUUGGGCUGAUGGCCGGGAAUAUGGUUGUGGAACAGAUGAUUGUGUCCGUGAGGCCUGGCAUUUUUAGAUAUGUACCGUUUCAAGACUUUGAGAAUGAGGAGGAGAUGAUCUAUGGUAGCCAGCGUCUAGUUCGGCGGUUGUCAGGCCUUAUUGGGUUCAUCAUACUCUGUUUCUCCGUCUACAACUUCAAGGACCUGAACACCAUCAACAACCAGCUUCUGAUAGAGAUCCGAAGACAGAACUCUGAACUCCGACACUCUCUCAUGGGAACAAUAUCAGGAUCAAGCAGCAACACUAAACUUAUGGUAACCCAGGGUAAAGAGGGAGUCGAAGCUGACUCCACGACGUUGGACUCCUCCGACUCUGCAGUGUCCAGCGGGUCAACCGGCAGCGAGGGGGAAGAUUCCGACCACACCUUCAUCCUGCAGUCCAGCAGCCACUCCGAGUCGUCACACAGCUAUUUCUCCGUGAUGACCGACAGUCUGGCCAACACCCAGAUGUCCACUCUGGACAGUGAGCUGCGAGAUCUCCGCCAGUCCACCCCUAUCAAACAACUGCCGGACCGAGUGGCCACCUGGGUCAAAACAGGAUUCUAUCCAGUUUCACCAGCAAAGGCAUGCCCGUCGUCCAACCCCAGCAAAGUGAUCCAUUUUUGUCUUUGUCAGUUCAUAAUUGCAUUGUUCCUGUGCCAUUUGUUUUCCAAGGAAUCUAGUUUUGAAGCUCCAAGAUACUAUCUUCGGGCUCGGAAACCUGUCCCCGCCAGUCCUAACCCAGCGCUUAGUGUGGAAUCUCCGAACAGCUUCUCCAAGACAGUCCGCCAUCUUGAACAAAUCACAAAGAAAAAUAGUCUCUUUGCUAGAGCUGUUUUACGCAAAAAGAAUCGAAUAGCAAAUGUUUCUGAUGAAGAUUAA